AUGUCCCUCCGCGAUGCCCUCAUGAUGCUCAAGAGUGAUAAUGGCGUCCGUGUGCUAGGAUAUGACGGAGUUCUGCGCCGACUCAACCCCGCUCGUACCGAAGUAGUUGACUACAUUCAACUCUCCGCCCAUCACGUCGAAGAAUUCGUCGCCUGGAAGUACCCUGACCAGCGCGAUAAAUGGGCCGGCGUCGACGGACUUGCAGUGACCGAUGAAGCUCAGCUGUGGACUGUUCCUGAGUUCAUUGUCCCUCUCGAUCCGAGCACGAUGGUCUCGAAGCCAAAGGACAAGACGGGGUUGAGGCCGCAGGCUACAGAUUGUCGGGGCCUUACAUGUACCAACCCAGAGUAUUGUAGGUCUUUCGAACCGCCGUGCGCAGAAUGUGAGCCGUAUCAGGAGUGCGUCGGUGGGCCGACAGGCUGUCUGGUGCGUUACAUAUGUGAAGAUACUCUGCCACCUGCCGAUCUCUAG